CACCCCUGCCCUGCGCUCCCCGCGGCCUAGAAACCCUAACCCCUCCCUCCCCGGUCGCGCUGUCGCUUUAAGGUCGGGCGGGGCCGGCAGCGCCGAGGCGCGGCACCUGGAGCUCCCAGAGCGGCCACCCGGAGUCUCUGGCCUGACCGACGGCACGCGAGGACCGGGAUCGCAGGGGAGGUGGGGCGGCAGGUGCCCCCCCAGCUCGAGCCCCAGUCGGGGGCGGAGGACGAAGCCCGGCCCCGCACACGCCUGGCGCCCCAGAGCGCCCCUGCAGCUCGCAGAGCCCCUGCGGGGAUCACAGCCCCCCCCUUCCCCCCCCACCCAGGGCAGGCACGCGUGGGGUGCGGCCUGCUGGGCACCUCGCUGCACCGCGUAGGGGGUGGCGGGAGCGGGCGCCUCCUGCAAACCCGAGGGACACCCAUCCCCAGGAUUGCACCUCCCUCUGGUCCCUGCGCCUGGACCACGCCUGACCACCUGCCGCCUGAUGGCUUCAUCUGAGACGUGUGACGUGAGCCGAGCGGCCUCCACGCUCCAUUACUGCAUGACGGUCAGCGGCACGGUGCUUCUGGUAGCUGGGACACUCUGCUUUGCUUGGUGGAGUGAAGGAGAAGCAGGUGCUCAGCCCGGCCAGCCGGCCCCUCCCACGGGGCAUCCGGUGCCUCCGGCCCCCAGUCCCCUGCUCAGGUCCGUCAGCUUCUUCUGCUGCGGUGCAGGCGGCCUGCUACUACUCUUCGGCUUGCUGUGGUCCAUCAAGGCCAGCACCCGGGGGCCUCCCCGAUGGGACCCAUAUCACCUCUCCAGAGACCUGUACUACCUCACUGUGGAGCCCUCGGAGAAGGAGAGCUACAGGAUCCCAAAGGUGCUUGGCAUCCCCACUUACGAGGAGGCCGUGGGCUGGCCACUUGCCGAGGGGCCCCCGACGCCACCUGCCGAGGGGCCCCCGACGCCCCCUGCGUACCCCGCGGAAGAAAGCCCGAAGGACUGUGCCUCCAGGGAUGCCCUGCGUGGGACCCAGCCCCCCUUGCCACCGCCCAGCUACGAGAGCAUCAUCAGUGCUGUCAACGGCCUCUCUGGAGAGACAGUCCCCGCCACCGCGUGCUCCUGCCCAGGCCCGGCUCAGACGACAGUGGGGGGAGGCACACUCCAAAGCUGGAGACAGAUGAGCUUCUAGUGCAUAAUACAGUGCCUGGUACCCAGGAGGCGCCCAGCAAAUGUUUGUCGCUGAAUGCUGUUUUAUCGACCUACGGCUGUGUAACAAACGGCUUAAAAUAAAUCCAUUUUAUUCUC